AAGUGUGUACGUACAAGAAUUUUCCAAAACUCGUUUGGCGACAUCGUUUGUUUGGCAAGAGCCAACUGGUUUCACUAAAUUACUUCCUCACUGAACAAUUGUUAUCAAAGUGGUACAUUAAUAAUUUUUUCUCAACAUGUAUCAUAUUUUAGCUGCACAGGCUCAUAUUAACAUGUAACGUUACAAACGGUAAUCUAAAGUUAACCAGUGCACCAAAAAAGGUCACCCCGUUAGAAGCAGCAGCUGCAGCAACAGAUACUUCCUUGUUUAAACGGAUGCCAGCUUUAGCUUAAAUCCUAACGUAAGCCACUAAAAAUACUGCAUCCAUGUGAUCGGGUUAGUUAAAUAACAUUAUGCACGGCUGUUUCAAUUACUUGCAAUGAUGUCGGAGCUUUUGCGGAGCAUUUGAAUGCAGCACCAGUGUGUGUGAGCAGUGUAGAGGAAGUGGCGGCUGAUCUGGGUCCGCACCUUUUCCGGUAACACAGCAGCACCGUCCGCCACCGCUGUGACUGAACGGCUGGAGAGAGAGAGAGAGAGAGAGAGAGAGAGAGAGAGAGAGGGAGGAAGAGAGACAGAGAGCGGCAAGAGCGGGGAGAAACGGCCCGGGGACUGGAGGAUGAUUGCCGCAGACGUAAGGGGGAAGAGAAGAAAGUCGGAUGAAUCAAUGACCUUUUGAGCGCUCUUCCUCUGGAUGUCCCGGUGCAGAAACGGACCGGAGAUUAUAGCUGCAUUUGGGUGUGUGUGCGGUUUUUUUUUUUUAAAUAAGAAAAACACUCUGCUUUGAAAUCCAUCGACAGGAAUUGGCUAAGGGCAAGUGUGGACAGCCGGCAGCCAAGGAGGAAGUGGGAACCCCGGGCUUGGACAGGGCCUGAUUUAUGUAGAAGGCUUUUGUAAAAAAAAAAAAAAAAAAAAAAAGAAAAAGGAAGAAAAAAAGAAACUACUCUCUAUCAUAUCCAGUUUAACUGAGAUAUCAACGGGAUUUUGGACGAGAAAACAGACUUGAAAUGUGGAUUCUGAAGCAAGUCUGUGCUCAACGGCUAGUUUGAAACAAGGGGAUGUAAUUUUUUCUUCUUACAUCGGAGGGCAGUGGAUCAUGAAAAUAUAUCCCCACCCAAUUCUACCAGGGCUACACACACACACUGCUCCCUUUGAAUUGCUCAAAGUCGCCGGCUCAGGUCACAUCAUCAUUGUCAUUACUUCCAACUAAAUUGUCCGCUAUCCAACUGUACAAACUUGAGAGUCACUGCCUUUUUUGAAUAUUGACACUUGUGUCAGCCCACCGCUGUCAUCACGUGGAGGGCUCCCCAGCACACAUUACUGUAAGUUGCCCUGAAAACAAACUUUUUUCUCUCUCUCUUUCUCAUUAGAGAAGCUUUAAUUUCCCUCUAUUGAAGUAUUUAUGCACAGCAAACAAGAUGGGGAAAAUGCUGUCAAAGAUCUUUGGCAACAAGGAGAUGAGAAUAUUGAUGCUUGGACUUGAUGCUGCUGGUAAAACUACCAUCCUGUACAAGCUGAAGCUCGGACAGUCGGUCACCACCAUCCCCACAGUUGGAUUCAACGUGGAGACCGUCACCUAUAAGAAUGUGAAGUUCAACGUGUGGGACGUGGGGGGGCAGGACAAGAUCAGGCCCCUUUGGAGACAUUACUACACAGGCACCCAGGGUCUGAUUUUCGUGGUGGACUGCGCCGACAGGGACAGGAUCGAUGAGGCGAGGCAGGAGCUCCACCGGAUCAUCAACGACCGGGAGAUGAGGGACGCCAUCAUCCUGAUCUUCGCCAACAAACAGGACCUCCCAGAUGCCAUGAAGCCCCACGAGAUCCAGGAGAAGCUAGGCCUGACCCGGAUCAGGGAUAGGAAUUGGUACGUUCAGCCCUCGUGUGCGACAACAGGGGAUGGACUAUACGAGGGCCUGACCUGGCUUACCUCAAAUUACAAAUCUUAAUGUUUCUCCCCUCACCAGCCUGGACACUUGGAGGCUACAGGCGCAGAAAAGUAGCUGAGAAUGAAAACACAAGGAUAAAAAAAAUGCAAUCUGAAGCAAUUAAUAACACAACCUCUCUGCUCAGUAUAUGUAUCAAAGAGAGUAGCAAUUAUAUUUUUGUUUUGUUUCUUUUUUUCAUAAUGAUGACUUCACUAUAUUUCAUUUAGACAAAAGACUAUUGUUUUUUGGCUGGUUUUCCUUUAAUUUUUUGCGUAGUUCGCUUUGGUUCUGUAGUAUUUCACUCACAUUCUGUAUAAUCAGUACUGAUUAAAUAUACAAUAAGCGUUCUUUGAGCUCUUGCUGCAAAUUCUAUUAUGUUUCCUCCUUUUUGUAUAAUUUCUUUUAGGGGACUUUGGGACAUUUUAUUGUUUUUGCAAACUGCCCCCCUGCUUUAGCUCUCAUUCAGUAUUUUCACGACCCAGCUACGUAUCCAAAGGAUGGGAUCAGCCCAGUCCCCCCCCCCUCCCCUUUUUUUGAGGACGUAACCUGUUCACAUGGAUUCCUAGAAACCAUCGCCUGCAUCAGCAUAUCACCUUCAUGGCUCAAACUGCCUAUAAUUUGUAAGAAUGUGUAUUUCGGAUAUGUUAGGACCUCAAAAAAAAAAGAAAAAGAAAAAAAAAAGAAACUGUUUUCAUAAUUGAUUGUACAAUUACUGGGAUGAUUGAGGAAAUGUGUUCGUACUUAUUUCCUGUGCAGUGAUUACAUCCAUAAUGUCUACUGUGGUGGUUUGUUUGGAAAAACACUAUGUGGACGCUGGAUAUUCACACACUGUGAUAUGGAUAUAUAUUUUUGUUGUUUCAGGGUCUGAAUCUGUUACCACCAGUCUUACUAUUAUUGCCUCUUUUGUUUUGUUUUUUUUUCUCCCAGAGCUUCCAUUACUGUUGAGUAUUUUGUAGUUUCAGCUGCCUUAGAAGGGGCCCGGCUUUUACAGGUGCCCCCAAAAUCAAGACAGUUACUACGGCAGAAGGUAUUCUCAACCGCUGAGUUUGCACUUUUGGAUGGGGAGGGAUUACCAGUUAGCUGGCUGUGCACAUUUGAUUUUCUGUGACUGACUUUUGGACCCCAACAAGUGUUUACGGAAUUCCCAACCCCCUGCCACCUCCAUGUAGGUGCUUCAGUGACUGCGACCCUCUUCUUCUUCUUCUUUUUAUCAUUCUGCCUGUACACACCUAAGGUCUUACAGACCAAAACCAACUUUCUGUUAAUAGAUCAUAGAUACUGCUCUGUUUUAUUUUUGUUCCAUUUUUUUUUUUUUGCUAUGCUGAUUGAAAUAAUAAAAAGAUAUAUCCAGA